AUGUUUCCAAAUUUUUCUGUUUCUACAAGUUAUGGAUUACCUGUACCUUAUCAAACACCAAUAUCACCAUCACUUUCACCUGGUACACAAAUUCAUGUUAGUGGUACACCUACUGGCAGCCGAUUCGAAGUCAAUCUAAAAAAUUAUCAGGAUGAUAUUGUCCUUCACUUCAAUCCACGUUUUGAUGAUUAUGCACUCGUACUAAACAGCGCUCAACGAGGUUCAUGGGGUCAAGAAGAACGUCAGUCAUUGCCAAUACAACGUGGAAUUCGAUUUACAUUGGUUAUAAUGGCUACAAAUAAUGGUUUUAAUAUUUCUGUCAAUAAUUCUCAUUUAUGUGAAUUCUAUCAACGAAUACCAAUGCAUUUAGCUCAAUUAGUCGAAGUUAAAGGUGAUAUUAAUUUAGAAUCAGUUCAAGUUUAUCCAGGAGGAAUGGGUAGUUCAAUGGGUUUUCCUCCAAUGGGACCUAAUAUACCACUUGGUCAACCAUCGUUUGGUGGAGGUUUUAACGUCGGUUUCGGCUUUCCAUCAGCUCCUCCUGUUAUUACAACAUCUUUUCCAAUGGGUGGUGGUGUACCAUCUAUACAAUCAUGUAGAAUACAUACUGGUUCUCGGAUUUUUGUACGAGGUUUUAUUCCUCCUGGUGCAAAUCGAUUUGAACUUAACUUACUACAAGGAUAUACAGAUAGUGAUGAUAUUGCUUUUCAUUUUAAUCCACGUUUCGAUGUACGUACAAUUGUUAAAAAUCAUCGACGAAAUGGUCAAUGGGGUCAAGAAGAAAAUCAGCCAUUUCCAUCCUAUAUGCCUUUAAUGCCAGGUACACAAAUUGAUUUACAAAUUGCAUGUAACCCGGAUAGAUAUACAAUAUAUAUGAACAAUAAUCUUAUUGCGGAAUUUAUUCAUAAAAUUCCACCUGGUUAUCAAACUGGUCAUUUUCAAAAUUAUCCUGUUCCUUACGAAGGACAAAUUUCACCACCAAUUUGUUAUGGUACUCAAGUACAUGUUAAUGGUACUGCAUUUGGUGAUCGAUUUGAAGUCAAUUUGGCUAAUCGUCGUGGUGAUAUUAUUUUACAUGUCAAUCCACGCUUGAAUGACCGUCAAUUAGUAUUAAACGCAGCACCUGGUGGUGGUUGGGGUGGUGAAGAGCGUAAACCAUUGAAUAUUACACGUGGUCAACCAUUUAGUAUUAUCAUUAUGGUUACAGAACAAUGUUUCAAAAUAGCUGUCAAUAAUCAGCAUACAGCUGAUUUUUACCAUCGAAUACCAUUUACUGCAGCUGAAUUGGUUACUGUUAAAGGUGAUGUUAAUUUAACAUUUGUUCAAAUUUAUCCAGGCAUGGCUAGCAGUCAUGGUCAACCAUGGCGUUUUGCUAUGGAAACUCCAGUACCUAUGAAUGUUUUUCCUGGUCGUGUUAUCACUAUUAGUGGCCGUGUAAAUAAUAAUGCAUCACGAUUUGAAUUCAAUUUAUUAACAGGAAAUUAUAAUGGAGCUGAUGUUGCAUUUCAUUUUAAUCCACGUUUUGAUCAACGUGAAGCAGUACGUAAUUCAUGUCAAGGUGGAGGAUGGGGAAACGAAGAAAAACAAGGCGGAUUUCCAUUACAACCAGGUCAACAAUUUGAUAUUCAGAUAAUUUGUUUUCCAGAACAUUAUCAAGUUAAUUAUAUGGGUCAACCAUGGUUCACAUUUCGACAUCGUUUACCAUAUCAACAAGUACAAGCUUUACAAGUCAAAGGUGACGUUGCAAUUACAAAUGUUUAUGCUAUGUAA